AUGUCUGCCCCUGCUACUGAAACCGUCGUUGCCGAGUCAACCGCUGCUCCUGUUGCUACCACUGAGAGCAACGAGGUCAAGCCCAAAGCGUCAGCUGAGAAGGUCAGCAUCAUCGAGAAGUUUAAGAAGGCGAUCAUGAAGAAGCUCGGCUUAAAGUCCAAGAAUGCCGCCGCUGCUCCACCUCCCGCGGACACCCCUGCGGAGUAG